GCUCUCAGCCGACUCGCUCGCCUCAAGGGGGUCAAGCGAAACGAAAACGAUUGAGUGAAGUUGAUUUACUAAGAAUGGCGAUCAGUCCGUGAAAGUAGGCAACAUUCCCGGCGUGUCUCCCAAAGAAAAUUGGUGACAACGACGACGAAUUUAGUCCAAGUUAAUGGACUGACUCACACGGGCUAGACUCAAACACCAUUUUUUUUAAAAAAAUGUUCCUGUCCGGAUACACUCGUCACGGUGUUCGUUGACGCUUAUCGAGCUGGUUUAGCUUAGCUCGCUAGCAAGGAGAAACGUGUUAGCACGGAGGUGCCGAGCAGAGCUAAAGUGCAAAGGUUUGGCAUCUUCCUGUGAAAAUGUGCGCGAGAACGACGGCGGGGGACGUGGAGAAACUUUGCAGGAUAAAAGAAGAGAAGAAGCGACCACCCCGACUGCUGGACGCGGUUUGCGAGCAGCCUCCAGCUGUGCUACACACAGCAGACGUCAGUGAGUAUCUUCGUCCUGAGCGGCACGAGCCAGAGUUGACCCACGUCAAAGAGGAGGAGGAGGGUCCAGAACCGCUCCACAUAAAACAGGAGUUGCUGGAGACCCCCACCGAGUCCGCUGACGUUAAACAAGAGCAGGAGGAUGAAAUCGCCAAAUUUCCUUUGACUGGGGUCAAUGUGAAGAGCGAAGAAGAUGACGGGGAGCACUGUGGAGGAUCGCAAGCGGGCGACCUCUCGACUCCGCGAUCAGCUUGUGACGACACAACGUCGCACUCUUCUGACUAUGCCGACGAGGAUGAACAACAACACCGUGAAGCCGAAUUGAACUCAACCCCUUUGGAAACCCACGUCAAAGGGGAGGAGGAGGAGCCAGAACCACUCCACAUAAAACAAGAGCUCCUGGAGACCCCCACCGAGUCCGCUGACGUUAAAGAAGAGCAGGAGGAUGAAAUCGCCAAAUUUCCUUUGACUGGGGUCAAUGUGAAGAGCGAAGAAGAUGACGGGGAGCACUGUGGAGGAUCGCAAGCGGGCGACCUCUCGACUCCGCGAUCAGCUUGUGACGACACAACGUCGCACUCUUCUGACUAUGCUGACGAGGAUGAACAACAUCACCGUGAAGGUGACACUCCCAAGAAAUGUCUGAAAUGUGCUCACUGUGACAGAACCUUUUGCAACAAGUCGUCUUUGAAAAGGCACACAGAAUCGCACACUGGAGAAAAACCUUAUAAUUGCUCCGUUUGUGAGAAACGCUUUCGACGCAAGUGCCAUUUAAGACUUCAUACAAGUAUCCACACGGGAGAAAAACCUUAUGCCUGCUCCGUUUGUAGUAAAAGAUACACAACAAAGUCACAUUUAAAAAGACAUACAAAAACACACUCGGGAGAUAGACCAUUUCCUUGCUCCAUAUGCGGUAGAAGAUUCUACGAGAAGGAAGCUUUAACAAAGCACACAACAAGACACACGAGUGAGAACCCUUUUCUGGGCUCUGUUUGUGGUAAAAGAUUCUCGAAUAUAAAAAUGCAUUUUGGAACACACACCGGUGAAAAACCUAAUGCCUGCUCCGUUUGUGGUAAAAUAUUCACAACAAAGUCACGUUUAAAAACACACGCGAAAACACACACAGGAGAUAAAACAUUUUCUUGCUCCGUAUGUGUUAGAAGAUUCUAUAAGAAAGAAGAUUUAAAAAGACACACAAGAACACACACCGGAGAAAAGCCUUUUGCCUGCUCAGUUUGUAGUAAAAGAUUCUCUCUGAAGACGACAUUAGCCCGACACUUAAUGACGCACAAUAAUAAUGAGAAACCUGUCGCCUGCUCGGUUUGUAGUAAAAGAUUCACUUGUAAGGCACAUUUAAAAAGACACACAAGUACACAUACCGAAGAAAAGCCUUUUGCCUGCUCAGUUUGUAGUAAAAGAUUCUCUCGGAAGGUAACUUUAGCACGGCAUGCAAUGACGCACACUGGUGAGAAACCUUUUGCCUGCUCAGUUUGUUGUAAAAGCUUCUCUCGAAAGGCAAAUUUAGCACGACACAAAAUAACACACACUGGUGAGAAACCUUUUGCUUGCUCAGUUUGCGGUAAAAGAUUCAGUUUGAAGGCACAUUUAACAAAACACACAGAAAGACACACAGGCCAGAAAACAUUCAGUUGCGCUGAGUGAGCUAAAAGCUUCCGUCUUGUGGGUCGUCUGAUGAGACACAAGUGUGCUGGUGUGAAGAGCAGCUGUCAAUAAAGCCGGGGCUCAGGGAAGGGAAUUGUCAACUUGUUUCCUUCUCACAAAUCAUUAUAUAGUGUGCCCUUGCCCGUUCGCGUUCACCGUUCACGGCUGGUGUAGUCACGGAUUUUGCUGUCCCAAAUAUUGUUUUUAAAUGGAUCAUAUUUUUACAAUUGUAGAGCUCUUGAAUUCUCCUAUAAUUGGAUGAGGUGCCACUUUUGACAUGGCGCCU